AUGCCUAAUAGGAGCCUGGACACCUUCCUCUUCGAAGCUGGGAGACGUAAAUUACUAGACUGGGGAGCAAGGCACAACAUCAUCCACGGCACGGCAAGAGGCCUCCUCUACCUCCACGAAGACUCUCUCAUAAAGAUCAUACAUCGAGACCUCAAGGCGAGCAACAUCUUGCUGGACGCUGGCUUGACCCCCAAGAUCUCGGACUUCGGUUUGGCAAGGCUUUUCAGCGGCGAUAAGACUUCCAGCAUCACAAGCCAAGUCGUCGGGACACUAGGUUACAUGGCGCCGGAGUACGCGGUGCUUGGCCACUUGUCGGUCAAGCUAGACGUCUAUAGCUUUGGUGUCCUGGUACUGGAGAUCGUGUCAGGGAGGAGAAGCACCGAUUUGUUGAAAUCCAUGGAACACGAAGAAGAAGAAUCCAUCACUUUGCUGAGCUACGUGUGGGCUAACUGGAGUAGAGGAACGCUACUGGAGAUCUUGGAUCCGACGCUGGAUGGCCAGGCCGCAGAGAGGGAGGCGCUCAAAUGCAUCCACGUCGCGCUUCUCUGCGUCCAGGCUAACCCGGCGGAUAGGCCCACGAUGUUGGGCAUCCUCGUCAUGCUUCAAGGCGAGAUUUCCGACUUCCCGGUGCCGUCAAAGCCUGCAUUUACUUUUUCAGAGAGUGAGAUGAUGAUGAGCUCCGGAGGUCUAGGUAGCCAUCGAGAGCUUGCGAUUUCUGUAAAUGAGAUGUCCCACUCUGAGUUCCAACCGAGGCAGUAA